AUGACCGGUGGCGCGUUUGGAAGCACGGCAACGAAUGCACAACCUGCCGGAGGGCUCUUCGGAUCCACGAGUGCUCCACAAUCCCAACCGACAUCGGGAGGUGGACUCUUUGGGAAUACAACGAUACAACCAGCCGCUAGCGGAGGCCUGUUCCCAAGCACAACUACGCAACCAGCAACUGGCAGUGGUUUGUUCGGAGGUACGGCGCCGCAACCUGCGGCGGGGGGAGGGCUUUUUGGGGGCACGUCAUUGGGAACUCAGGGAUCGUCUGGGGGAGGGCUUUUUGGAAACGCCGCAACCCAGCCAGCAGCAGGAGGCGGACUAUUCGGAAAUACAGUCACUCAACCUGCGAAUACUACUACAGGAGGUUUGUUUGGGAACACAACGCAGAAUCAGGGUUCUUCUACCACGGGAGGUGGUCUUUUCGGACGCACAUCAGCGUCGACCGGUGCCCCAUCCGUCGGGCUCUUCGGUAACACGAACACUUCUGCCACCGGGACGGGCGGCGGACUCUUUGGCAGCACAAACACCGGGACGACGGGAGGUCUCUUCGGGGGUAUCUCGCAGUCAUCAGCGUUAGCUCAACCCGGUUCCUCGUCAUUUGGCCAAAGCCAAGCCCAAGGCUCGCUAUUUGGCGGUGCUGGCAAACCUGCGACCGUCCCACUACUCGGGUCGACCGCCGCUCCACUCGGUGCAAACAGCCUUCUUUCAUCCAGAAACCCUGCCCAGCCUGCCCAAUCGCAAGCGGAUGCCCAUGCACAAUUUGCUGCCCUUCAGCAGAAAAUUGAAGGGAUCGCCGCGGCAUGGAACGCUUCGUCCCCUGAGUGCCGCUUCCAGCAUUUCUUUUACAACAUGGUCGAUCCAGCGCAAGUGCAUCUAUACGGUCGCCCAGCGAAUGCCACCAACGAUGCAGCGUGGCAAAAGGCUGUAAUGGAGAAUCCCGAUCCCAGUUGUUUGGUUCCCGUACUUGCCGUCGGUUUCGAUGAUCUUCAAACACGGGUAGAGGCUCAAACACAGCAAGCCACCAGCCAUCAAGAGCGUCUGAAGGAGCUCCAAACACGGAUAAAAGCUCUUGCCCAACGACAUGAAUUGUCCAAUUCAGUCCGUUUACAGAAAGCGGCAAAAAUGCAGGUACAGCUCCAGCAACGAUUGCUGCGGCUUGCUCAACACCUGCAUUUGUUGAUACCGUCUUUGCGAUCUUCGUCCAUACGGCCGGAGGAAGAGGCAUUGCGAGCUGCUUUGGAGGAGAUCGACGAAGAGAUACGUCGACCGGGUGGUCUGAGCCGCUUGCAAGGCAGGCUCAGUGAGCUCUGGGCCGCUCUGAACUCUGUGCUCGUGGCACGGCAGAGAGCGGGGAAGAACGGAGAUUCGUCGCAGUGGGCCGUAGUGGAUGAUGAGGGUCUUGCACAGAUCGCCCAGAUCCUCUCCGAGCAACAGACCGGUCUUGCUCACUUGACGCAGAUAUUGCAACGAGAUACGAAAGAUUUGGCGCUCAUGCAGGGUAAGCGUACGCAACAACCGGAAUCAGAGCUGCUUUCGUCAACGACUUCGACUCUGCGUGGUAGCUUGAUACUGUAG